AUGACAGACUAUGAAAACGAGCUCUUGGCUGAUUUUGGAAGCGAUGGUGAGAGCGAUGUAGAUGUAGAAGGAAUUGAGGACAAAAAUUUAGAAGUGGAAGACGAAAAUGGGUAUGUUCCAGGCGGUCCUCGAGAGAAAAGCAGUGAGUCGAGUGAGACUGGUGGGGGAGCCAGCUUGGACCCUGGAGCGUAUCUUCGACAUCUAAUACUGAACUCAUCGAUAACUUCAUUGCAAAAGUCUCUUGAGACGUUCGAUAUACUGAAAAUAUAUGAUAUAACUAAAGAUUCCAAGGUUUUACCAAUUAUCGGGUACCUUCGUGAUAAGAUAAGCAGCUAUCAGGAUGAUAUGCGCACUGACUAUGAAGAGCUCAUGAGCACGCUAACGUUUGGAACAUCAAGCAAUAGUGAAGUUUCAGAGCAUUCUUCAAGCGAGAUAUCUCAGUACCAAUUCAUCCUCAUGGUCAACGAAAUCUCUCUGAUAAUAAACAACGAAGUCAGUUUCAUCCAUGCAUUUAACACACUACACUACAAGGUAGUCUUUAGAGAACUUGAGACUAUAGUAAGCAACCCCGUGGAUUACGCCAGGAUCAUGCUAUUGAUCGAGCAGGAUUUGUCUCUGAUCAACAAGUAUCAGGAGGACCUUAAAUCCAUCGUCAGCAACGAAAAGGUCUUGGUUAUAACUAUGUCUGCUAUCCAGCAGGUACAAAACUCCUCAGAUUUCAAGUUGUCGGAACCCGACUUUAAUACUCUUCGAAAGAGUAGCAGUCUUGUUCUUGAGCUCAAUGAAUUGCUUCAGGAUCUCUCCGUCUUCAUUUCAAACAAGCUAUUCAGAUUUGCGCCUAACAUUAACGCAAUCGUAGGACCCAUCACUACCUCCCAAUUGUUGACUGCCUCUGGUUCAUUGAAGCAAUUGUCCAUAACGCCUUCGUGUAAUCUUCCUUCUUUGGGAGUAAAGGACUUAUCAUCACAAACUUCGGGAUCGACUUCAAGGAGAAUUCGCCAGACUGGGUAUCUCUAUCACAACGAGUUGGUGAACCAGUUGCCAGAAGAAAUUCAAAAGCCCGUGCUAAGAAUUUUAAGUGGAAAGAUUACUUUGGCAGCUAGGGUGGAUUUGAGCAAGAAUGCUACAGAUGGAUCGCUUGGUCUGAAAUAUAGACUUGACAUCGAAAAUAAGAUCGAAAAAUUGUUGGCUCCACCUGAGAAUCGAGGUGAUAAAGCGUUACCUAUACCGAUGGAUCCCAAGUCCAAGAAAAGAGGAGGUAGAAGAUUCAGAAAGGCUAGAGAAAGGCUCCAGAUGUCUGAUUUACGAAAGGCACAGAACAAGAUGGCAUUUGGCCAGCAGGAAGACUCCAUUAUGGACAGCUUCGGAGAGGAGAUUGGAUUGGGCAUGAGUCGUGGAGUGAGCACAGCUGGUGGAAGCAGUUCGUUAAACAUCAAGGUAAAUAACAGGGUAGGUGGUAAGGUGUCUAAGGCGAUGGAAGCAAGGUUGAAGAAUGAAGAAGCCAACGUAAAUCUAGACAACUUCUUACAAAAUACAAAUAAAGAGGAGCGAACUGAGAGGAAUGCUACCAAUGAUGCUACUAGGAGAAUAAAUGAUGAGAGGUCAGAGUCGAAGUGGUUUAGUGGAAUGAAAAGGAAGAGAGACACUAAUGACUAG